AUGAGUAAAGGGCCAAAAUACCGCUUUAAUAAGACCGCUUCGACGGCAAAAUCGGAACAGGUUUUUCCUUCCUCUAAUCUAGGACACCCAAAACCUCCACUGAUAAUCGACCCUCGUAUGGUUGACAUGCCAGCUUGGCAGAUGUUUGAGUUUGUGUGCAGCAGCACCGACGGCAGUCGAGUGGAGGCCUAUUUCUCGCCUGACGAUGGUCGAGUGGGCGAGGACCCCCGAUUCCGUGUCAAACCAAUUCGACACCCGAUUUUCGUCGAUCCACCCCAUAUCUACAAACCGGCAUGGGUGGCUUUCGAAUUUGUCUGUCGUAGUUCGACAGGGAGUCCGAUUGCGGCCAUCUUUGUUGGUGAUGGCUCUCGGGUUGAAUUGGAUCCACGAUUUACCGUCACAACAUACAACACUAGUACUAUUAUUGUCAAAGCUCCUAGGGGUCUACGAGAUAUCGACGACUUGACAAUUCAGUGCGUUCUACCCACUGGACAAAAGAAGAAUGUGACAAUAACCAUAGCAAGUAGCUGCGGGGAAGGGUACACACAAUGUGACGAUGGAAAUUGCAUACCGCAAACGAAAUUAUGCGAUGGCAUCGCACAGUGCCCCGAUCAUUCCGAUGAGGACAAGGCAUUUUGUAAAACGCUUCUGAGACCUCCGGUUAUAGUAACACCACCAGUUGUGGAGGCUCCAGCCUGGAAGCCUUUCCAGUUCACAUGUGUUAGCACUGAUGGAAGUCAAAUGAACGCUGUGUUUAAGGCUGACGGCUCGUCAGUCUACUUGGAUCCGAGAUUCCGAAUCACUCGCUACAAUAUCUCCGCCCUACGUAUCACCGCUCCAGAAGGACUGCGCGAUAAAGAAGACGUGGAAAUCGAAUGCGUCACGCCAACGGGUCAGAGAAGUGACGUCUCCAUCACUAUUUUCGAUGAAUGCGAACGCAACUACACUAAGUGCAAAGACGGUGCAUGUAUUCCGGAGACCCAGUUGUGCGAUGGAACAGCCCAAUGCCGCGACAGAUCGGACGAAAAUCCACUUUUCUGCAAAGGUUUUACCUGCUUAUUGAUCACGAAGCCUUUAUUGACGAUCACGAUUGUGAGAAUUUCGGCUACUAGAUAUGAUCCACCUUUGGAUAUCGUGAGGAUUUGUGAGGUUUUUGUUUGCAUUUCAGGUGUAUCUCAAAGGCUGGUGACAGUGCAACUGUGCUAUAUCCGCCAUCCGCCAUGGGUACCUUUCUCGUUCGUGUGCGUCUUCCCCGUGGGGCAAAAGCCUGACAUUAUUUUCGCCGACGACAAGAGAUCUGUGCAGCGCGAUCCCCGUUUCACCGUUCGACGAGUUAAUAGCAGUUCGGUUGAGGUCACGGCUACACGCGGUUUGCGUGGAGAUCAGGAAACGAUUUUACUCGAGUGCGUUACUGAUGGUGGACUGCGUGGAAAUGUGACAAUUUUAAUCGACGAUAUGUGCAAACCUGGCUCGAUGCAGUGCCGCAAUGGUCGAUGUCGUCCAAUCGCCGAAUUCUGCGAUGGAAAAUCCGACUGUACCGAUGAAUCGGAUGAGUUGAAGGAGUUUUGUGAUGUCAAAGUGCCUAACUUGGUGCUCACACCUUCACGCGUUGUGGCACAGCCUUGGCGACAGUUCCGAACAGUCUGCGUAUCGCCAAGUGGCUCGCAACCCACUUUUGUCUUCUCCAAGAAUCAAUCACCGGUGGAAAGGGAUCAGCGCUACUUGAUCCGUCAUAUCAACGCAACAUCAGUCGAGCUCGCCGCUCCACUUGGUCUUCGUGGGCAGGAGGAUGUGGAUGAAAUCAAGUGCACCAACGCGGUAGGUGAAUCAGUCGAUUUUGAGGUCGUGAUCGUGAGCCCUUGCAGAGCAGGACAGAUGACAUGUCAGGAUGGAACUUGUUUUCCAGCCUCAUGGUUUUGUGAUGGUCGAUACGACUGCUAUGAUAAGUCUGAUGAGAGGCGUGACUUCUGUCCGGAGCCAACGCGGACGCCCUCACCACGGCCGACUGGCGUGCGUUUCAGCCCAAGCAAACAGCGCGUCCGUCCGGGCCAAGAGAUUCGUCUCGAAUGCAGUGCCCUCUCGAGCGAUGUGCUCCAGCAUCCCAUUGUCGAAUUCGCCAAUGGAACCUCCGUCACUGUGGACCCCCAAUUCCGCGUGGAAUAUCCACAGCCCGGGCGCUCCGUCGUCACCAUUCCUCGGGGAGCUGAAGUCUCUCAACGACACAUGGAGUUUCAAUGCUACCUGCCAUGGAGCGACAAGUCUCGUGCAGAGGUUUUCGUCGACCAGGUGUGUGCUGCGGGACAGAGACGCUGUGACGACGGGCAUUGCAUCUACCUCGGUCAGUUCUGUGACGGCAGGAGGGAUUGUGCCGAUGGAUCUGAUGAACUACCACACAAUUGCGAUGCCUGCGAUCCGAUCUCCCGCCCAUGUGGGGUGGUGAAUGGGGAGGAGCCAAAGGUUCCUUAUUUUCAGGAGCAUUGGCGUUGCGAUGGAGAAAAUGAUUGUGGCAACGGCUUUGACGAACUCAACUGUGAAAACUAUACCCGAGUGCCAGGUCAAAGAUGUGGCAGCCCGCGCUACGACUGUUCAAGCGAUGGUAGCCAGGUGCCCCUCGCCUACCAGUGUGACGGUCAGCCUGAUUGCCUCAAUGGCGAAGAUGAAAUGAACUGCAUGCGUCCGACCAUCUACUCGGAGGGCUGGGUAUCGCGUUACGAGGUGCGUCGCGGACAGGAUCUGGUGAUUGAAUGUGAGGUGUUGGGCGUGCCUCCACCGGCGAUCAUCUGGCGCUUCAACUGGGGCUGUCUACCCCAGAGUGUUCGCACUCGCGUAGAGCCCGUCUCCAGUAGAUUCGGCUGCACUGGCAGUCGCAGUCGGCUGACUAUUCGCAACGUGCAGGAGGGUGAUGACGGCAUCUACAACUGCGAGGGCAUCACUGGAGUCGACCGCGCCCUCUCACAGGAUAUUUUUGUCAUCCUUGUCGACUGA